UUGGGCGCACUAUAAAAGCGGGGGUCCGGGACGCCGGGGCUCGGUCCUUCGUCUCCGGCUGUCGCGCUGCGCGGACGGCCAACCAUGGCACCGUCGCGUCCUCUCGCCCCGGCGCCGUAGCGAGCGAGCGAGCGAGCCGUGCGUAACGACGAGGAGUUUGGAGCGACGCCGCGCCAUGGCCAACUCCAGCGAACCUCCGCCGCCGGGCGGCUCGGAGCUGAAGGUGGGCUCGCCCCCGUCCGAGUCCCCCUCCGCCGGUGACGUCCUGAGCCUGGUGCCCGCCUUCUGGGACUCGCCGUUAAACCACGGCAUCAACGUGUUCGUGGGGCUGGUGCUGUGCUUCACCAUGCUGGGGCUGGGCUGCACGGUGGACGUAAGCCAGCUGGGCGAGCACAUCCGGCGGCCGGUCGGGGUGCUGCUGGCCGUCGUGUGCCAGUUCGUCAUCAUGCCGCUGGUGGCCUUCCUGCUGGCGCUCACUUUCUCUCUUGACGACGUGGCCGCCAUGGCCGUGCUACUGUGCGGAUGCUGCCCCGGGGGGAACUUGUCCAACAUCAUGUCGCUGCUGGUGCACGGGGAGAUGAACCUCAGCAUCAUCAUGACCAUCUCGUCCACGCUCCUGGCGCUGGUGCUGAUGCCGCUGUGCCUGUGGAUCUACAGCCGCGCAUGGAUCAACACGCCCGUGGUCAACCUCAUGCCCUUCGGCGCCAUCAUUCUGACACUGUGCAGCACGCUCAUCCCCAUCGGGCUCGGUGUCAUGCUGCGCUACCGCUACACACGUGUGGCCGACACCGUCUUGAAGGCGUCUCUGUGGUCUCUGCUCAUCACCCUGGUGCUGCUCUUCAUCCUGACGGCAGCCAUGCUGGGCCCCGAACUGUUGUCGGCCAUUCCGCCGUCCGUCUACGUCGUGGCCCUGCUGAUGCCCAUGUGCGGCUACGCGGCGGGCUACGGCCUGGCCGUGCUGUUCCAACUGCCGCCCAACAGCCGCCGCGCCGUCUCACUGGAGACGGGCUGCCAGAACGUGCAGCUGUGCACCGCCAUCCUCAAGCUGGCCUUUCCACCGCAGCUGAUGGGCGGCAUGUACAUGUUCCCGCUGCUCUACGCGCUCUUCCAGGCGGCCGAGGCGGGCGUCUUCAUCCUGGCGUACCGGACGUACCGCAGGCGGGUGUUGGGCAAGGAAGAGCCGCCGGCCCGCCGGGACGGCGAAGACACGGAUAUCACGUAUCAGCGCUUCCAGGAUGAGGACGUCGACUUUGACGCUUCAUAUGGGGCGGUGACGGUGAGCGACCCGAACACCAUCAUGCUGGACCCCUGCCCGCCAGACCCGACGCCUGUUUGACAAACACAAGUUAGUGUGACAAUGUGAGAAACAAAACAAUAUAAGACGGGCUGAUGCAUGGAAGGCCUCAAUCAUGCGUGUUUUUCCCUUUUCAACUGGCAAUUGUGAAUUUUUUUUAAAAAUGGCGAAUGAAAGAAAAUGACAGAUUUUGCAUCACAUCUCAGAAAAAGUUCGGGAUAUUUGGCUGGCGGGUGAAAUUUCAGGUUGAAAAUUUUCACACGGGAACUUUACAGAAGAACUUAAUUUGAUCUUUGCAGAACUCAAUUGGACCUUUCCGUAACUUCUCUCAACUUUUGAUGACAGCUGAAUGUUGCUGUACUUUUUGUUCAACUAUUUUUUUCUGUAACAGUGAGCUGAAUGGCAAAGUUCACAAGUCCAUGAAAAUUUCCACAGAUUCAACUUCUAUGCCUUUCUGUGACUCUUCCAGUGGGUCUUGCAACUCUGUGAUUUUCUAAACUCAAUGACAAGGCUUCAGAUGUGAUGCUCUCAUAUUUUUGAUAUUCGAUUGCCAAUUGGAAGUGGAAAGAAGAAAUGAUACACGCAUUCUCAAUCGUUGUCAGUUUUAAAAAAAAGCAUCAUCAUGCGUGAAAACACAUCAGUCUGUGAAUGUAACAAUCAGCCAUUUUGUGCGUGAACAGUUGUACAAUGUGUAUAUGAAAAGAAAUGUAUGGAGGUAAUUAAAAAUGUACAGAUGUAAA